AGCUGAGCCCUCAUGGAUACUAACUGGGUUCAUUACCACUGAGCCAGAAUGGGAACUCCUGCUCUUUUUUACUUUUAAUAGUUAUCAUUCUUAUUAUUGAGUAUGCAUUCAUAAUAUUAAUAUACAUUAAUAUUUUAACAAAACAAAUAAUCGUCCACUUUUUAUUACCUCAUGUAGAAUUAAUUCCUUCCUUCCUGGACAUUUUAGGCUGCAACUCUGUAAUCCAAAGAAAAUAUAGGUGCAGUUUCCCACUGAAUCAGGACCCUUGGGACAGUCACCUUCAAUAAUUCAGUCAGAGCAAAAUGUUUGGCCUCUCUUAAAUGGAAAAUUGAUUCUAGUUUGCAGUGGCUAUAUGCAUGAGUCCUAAGAAAAUGAAUUUACUUCACCUCACCAACCCCUUGCAAAAGCAUUUUAUUCCAGGAGUAAAAUGUUUAAUCUUUAAAUUUGAUGAAUAUAGAAGUGAAGAAGAGAGAUCAUGUUUCCAAACAGAGCUAAACGACAUAUAAAAAACAAGGAGAAUGUGCCAGACUGUCUUAUGAUCAAGUAUUUAUAGUAAAGCUAUUAAUGGAAUGGUCACUACAGGGGAGUGAAGAUCCUAAAUAUAAAUGAAAAUUCUGAUGUGCUAAUCCUUAACAGUGAAAACUUCAGUUGCUGUCCUAAAGGAUAUUACAAAAGGUAAAAAAUCUUUGAAAAUCUAUCUGCAUUUCAUAUGGAUAAUUACACCAGUGAUGACGACAUAGAUGAUGACUUUGACACCCAGUUCAUCAUUCAACAGAGUUUACAGGAUAAUCACAAGCCAGGAACUACACAGCAGUCACUUGAGGAUGAGAGCUUUUUAAGCGCUGACUAUAAGAAGAUAAUUGAAGCAAUAGAGACAGGUAAGGAAGAUGUAUUGUCACACUUGACCAAGUAUCAUUCUGCUUUUGAUGAGGCCGAUGAGAUAGGUUGGCUUCCUCUGCAUAAGGCUGCAGUGCAAUUAAAUAAGAACAUUUUGGAAAUAACCCUGAAAGCCUCAAAACCCAGUGUGUGGGAGCAAACCACCCACAAUGGUGAAACACCACUUUUUUUGGCUGUCAGCAAUUGCCUCUUAGAAAAUGUCAGUUUUCUUCUUCUCAAUGGCUGCAAUCCAAAUGCCAAGAAUUUCGAAGGCAAUUCUCCUCUUCUUACAGCUGUUCUACAGGACUCCUACCAUAUGGCCUCUUUGCUGAUCAGCCAUGGCGCAGAUGUCAAUCUGAGGUGUACCAAUGAGAGGACAGCUCUCCAUGAAGCAGCCAAACUGGGCAGGCGGGACAUAGUAAGGCUCCUGCUGCUUUCUGGGGCACACCCUGACCCUCAGAGCUCCUACGGAUUCACUCCUCUUGCUCUUGCUGCUCAAAAUGGACACACUGAAAUCAUGGAACUAUUACUGCAGAAAGGAGCUAAUGCUCUUGGUCAGGCCUCUGAUUCUUCUUCCAUCCUCCUUGAAGCUGCUAGUGGAGGAAAUCCAGACUCUGUGACUCUCUUGCUAGAAUAUGGAGCCGACGCCAACAUCCCAAAGAAUUCAGGCCACCUGCCCAUUCACGUGGCAGCUGACAGAGGCCACUUGUUAGCUCUAAAGAUUUUGGUUCCAGUUACGGAUUUUGCUGCCAUUAAGCGGAGCGGCAUCAGUCCAGUUCACUGUGCAGCAGCAGGAGCACACCCCAAAUGCCUGGAACUUCUCAUUCAGGCUGGAUUUGAUGUAAAUUUCAUGCUAGAUCAGAGAAUUCGCAAACACUAUGAUGACCACAGGAAGUCAGCUUUGUAUUUUGCUGUAUCAAAUGGUGACCUCUCUUCAGUUAAGCUACUUCUGAGUGCUGGAGCUCUACCUAAUCAAGACCCAGUUAACUGCCUCCAGAUAGCCCUAAGGAUGGGCAACUAUGAGCUGAUAAGUCUGCUGCUGCGGCACGGGGCCAACGUCAAUUACUUCUGUAGAGUCAACCCUUUACAUUUCCCGUCAGCUCUGCAAUAUACUCUGAAAGAUGAAGUCAUGCUCAGGAUGCUGUUGAAUUAUGGCUAUGACACAGAGCGAUGCUUUGAUUGUCCUCAUGGAGACAAAGUUCAUCCUUUCUAUAGUUUUGAAGGCUGGACAUCUACUGUUAUCAAAGAUACAAUGUUCUGUGAAGUAAUAACUUUGUCAUGGCUACAACAUCUCUCUGGAAAGGUUGUUCGAGUGAUGCUUGAUUACGUUGAUCAAGUUAGGAUCUGUUCAAAGUUGAAAGCUGUGCUCCAAAAACAGGGGCUAUGGUCAGAAAUUCACUUUAUCUUGACAAACCCUCGCUCCCUGAAACAUUUGUGCCGCCUAAAGAUCCGGAAAUGUAUGGGACGUUUACACCUGCGCUGUCCAGUCUUCAUGUCAUUUCUUCCAUUACCCAAUCGUCUAAAAGCAUACAUCCUUUACAAAGAAUAUGACCUUUAUGAACAAGGAAUUUUCACAGGAACCUGGUAACCAAACUAUUCUGGAUAAAAAGGUAUAAUUCUGAAAAUGUAUUUCCUAAAAAGACUUGUUACAUUGAUUUAUAUUUCUCAUUUUACCUACCAACUAAAAUCUUAAUACAGUCUACAUUCUUUAAAAAGUCACCUUGAAUACAGCCUCCCAACAGAUGGUUAGCAUUCUGAAAGGGAGUUUAAUAAAUAAAACCCAAACAGUAAAAAUUUUAAUUAACUAAAAUACAUCAGUUCUAACUCUAUAUUGAUCUUUACGUUAAAUGUGUGAAUCCAAAUUCCUGUGUGGUCAAAAUAAUAAAUGCCACCUCUGAUAAUUUAAGAUAAUUCUUAAUAGUAACCUUUUUUAUAGAGGAGUACAUAGAUAAAAUGAGUUAGUGAUUACCCUGAAUAAAAUAUGGACCCUAGUACAUGAUCCUAGGAAUUAGCUGUUCUUGUACAAAAAGUCUCAAGGCCAGCUUAGUGUCUGUUUUACUUGUAGAGUCCAGUAUUGAGGUUAGGUAUUUCAGUUAAUUUAAAUAGAACCAUCAAUUGCAAUUUCAUUAUUAAUAGGAUACACAUGUUCCUUCAUCCCACAAAACCGUGGCUAAGGAUUACCAUUUAUUGGUUAAUGCAGUCAUUGGAAUAGAAACAAAGGGCUUUCAAAUGCAUGAUAGUUUAUGACUUCUGUAUUGCAUGUAGUUCAGUACUGGAUACACAGGAGGGGAUCACUAAAAGAAGCAGUUAUAGGAUGUUAGUUAUAAAACUUUAUUUUGGAGUUCCCAUCAUGGCUUACCAGAAACAAAUAUGACCAGUAUCCGUGAAGACACAGGUUCAAUCCCUGUCCUCACUCAGUGGGUUAAGGAUCCGGCGUUGCUGUGGCUGUGGCAUAGGCUAGCUGGCAGCUACAGUUCUAAUUUGACCCCUAGCCUGGGAAUUUCCAUACGCCACAGGCACAGCCCUAAAAAGUCAAAAAAAAAAAUUAUUUCUAUAUAUUCUAUGCUGCAUUUAAGUACAGGUUUCUGAAUAUGGAAGUGAGGAAAGAAACUGAGACGACCUUUUCACUCAGCCCAUCUAUGUACCAUUAUAUGGCACAUCACCAGAGAGAACAAACAGAGAGAUAGGAAUGAUGACCACAGGCUCCGUCAGUGAUAGCCUUGACAUUUAUAUGUUUGGUCUUUACAUACUUUUUUUAGCACAAUAUAUUCCUUCUUAAGGAAACUUAAGUUGUAUGAUUUCUUUCUGAUGUAGGGAUUCAUGGCUAUAUCGACUAUGUCAGUGAGCACAGUCCUAAAAUUACUUUUAAUAAUAGUUUUCACAUAAAAAAAAUUUGCAAAACUAGCUGGCAUGAAUAGUUUUUAUAUUUUUUAGUCAAAUUGUGGUGUCUGUUUAUAAGUGAGUGCUUGAUUAUAUGUAUGUCAAUAUACAGAUAUAUUUAGGAUAUACAUACACCUACAUAAAUUUCAUAAUUAUAAAGUUAAUUUCAUCCACUCCCUUGACCAUCUACCAGUGUAUACAUUUUAUAAAAUUCAAAACAAAUUAAAUCAGAAACUGUCAAUAGAAAAAAAGAAAGAGCACAUGUGAUAAAUAUACAUUAGUAUUAAAACUAUAGGCUCAAGCCAUUUAAGCUGUAGUACACAAUAACCUGGCCCUUUAAAUUAUAGCAAUUUCUUUGAUUAGGACCAAAGAUAGGAAGUUUACAUUGUAAUGUCAAAAAGGAAAAAAAGUCACCAGUGGUGAAUUAAUAUUACUUCCCAGUAUGUGACCUUAUUUUUUUCCAUUUUCUCUAUUAUGGAAUUGCAGUGGGGUUAGGUUAGGGUUAAUCUGUCAUAACAGAUUAAGAAAAAGUCCAAUUGUUUUUUAAGCAUCAUUUGAAAUUACUUGGAGAAGUUAAAUUCUGAGUAUAUGUCAAAUAUUUCAUACAAAAAAAGACUAUACAAAAAUCAUGGUCUUUAUUAUACAUUAAAAAUCUCCUAACAGCACAUUUCCUGAAGGCUUAUCAGGAAUACCUAUUCUGACAAAAUGAAAAAUAAGUUCUCCACUCCACAUGUAUACCACCAUUACAUAAAGUCAAGUUCUUCAAAUCCAAUAAAUCAAAUUCUAAAGGGAAAUGUAGCUUAACUUUUAAUUGUAUAUGCAUGAUUAACAGUAUCAGUGAAAUAAGAUUUAACCAAUUCACUUACAUUACAAAAUCACCAAAUAUACAAAGUGGUUUUGCACAUUAGCUAUAACUUAAUCCCCAGUUCUCAUAUUAACCUAAGUAAAUUACAUGAGUACAGCCACAAGAGAUUAGUUAAAAGUAUAAUACAGUUCCAGUUUCAAAUUUUUAUGUAUUAUUAAUUAAUGUGGAAGAAAAAAACUUCAUGAAAGAGGGAAGAGUAAGCCAAACUUGCUAAAAUAAAGUCAAAGGCUUGCUUGCUACAAUCAGUAUGUUUGAAUAAAAUUUAAAGAACAGUUUGAAUGCUAGGAGGUUGUUAUCAAAACCACUGUUAGUUUCAUUAAUUUGGCAGGAAGAAUGUUUUGCAAAACAAAGUCUCUUAGGGUCUGUCGGCAUGUAUGAGAAGAUUCAAAUCUUCAAAACUUGCAGUUCCUUUAUAUAACUCAAAACUAACUCAGAUGCCUUUACAAUAUAUGAUUAUAUGUUAAAUAGAACAGUACACACACCCUACUAUCCUUUUCCCAAGCAUUAAGAUGAACAUAAAUUUACCAUCCCUAGAUUGUGGAAUCUGAGAAUUCUUUUGAAAUCAAAUACAAAGUAAUCACUGUAAACAUGGCAAAAAGUAGGCUGCUUUGGGGGACUUUUAAAGUUUCAGUCCCUUAUUAGCAAGUUUUCUCAAUUUCAGAAGGGGGAAAGAAUAAUUAGUUUCCUAUCUAUUGACUUCAUUACCAUAGUUACAAAAGCACAGUUGACACAGGUAGCAAGAGGGCCUGGCAGAAUUAGGUAGACUUAAUUUCUUUCCUUUUAAAGAAGCAGUUUGGUUAAUUUUAAAAUCAUUAAGUACAAGUGUGAAAUUGAGAAAGAUCAUCUCCAUAUCGAAUUCAAUUACCACCAAAACAUCCAAAAGCUGAAGGAAUUUUAAAGGGUAAGAGACAAAGAUCAGCUUUAACAUUAUGCAGAAAUACAUGGGCUGUCUUCUUUAAAAAAAAAAAAAAAAGUUUAUUAAACCUGAUGCUUAAAUAUCUGCAAUAAUGGAAUAGUUCAUAUAGUUCUAUAGAAAUGGAACAGAAGUUGAAUCAUCUAAAAUUGUUAAACCCACACAUGACUUCUAUUUGGCACUGGAAUGUGCUUUGGUCUGACCUAUGGACACAAGAGUGUGUUACUGAGGAAAUUCCUAUCCAGACAUGACUUAAAAGGGACUACAGGUCUGUCCAGCAUCCCUAAGUCUGCCAGUGGCAUCAACUUUAGUCUACACUUUGAUCCAGAGAGCUCACCAGUGGCAGCACUUUGCUACCAUGCAAAGUGCCAGCCUAGUAAAACUGCCACCUAGUGCUGACCAUCUUCCUUCCAUGGUGGCUGUCAAGUUUCACCUGACCUAAGUGAGGUGACAACUUACGAGUCUCAACAGGGCUUUCUCAAACAGAAAGCUUACUAAGUCUCAAAAAGAUCUUAAAAGCAGGACCUGCCAUGACUAAACAAAUGCUGACCAAAGAAGAAAUUGCAAUUUCUACAGAAGGAAAGAUACACAAACUAAUGCUAAAGCAUUCCCUUUACUAAAGGACAAAAUAAGCUUUUUUUUCAAAAAGUAAUCCAUAAAUUUCCACUUUUUUACUAUACGUUUUGGUAACAUAAGGCUUCAAAAUACUGAUUAUUAAGUAAUCAUUAUUCCCAUUUGGCACACGGCUAAAAAA